AUGUUUCCACUUUGUCAUAAUAUUCUCUCUCUCUCUCUCUCUCUCUCUCUCUCUCUCUGUAAUCUUCUUCUUCUUCUUCUUCUCUCACUCUCUCUCUCUCUCUCUCUCUCUCUCUCUCUUUUACUAUUUUCUUCACUUGCUUCGCUUUCUUUUCUUCUUUUUUUUUUAACUCCGACAUUUUUACUUGUUAAACCAAAUGAAAACAACUUCUUUCUUUCUUUCUUUCUUUCUUUCUUUCUUUUUAUUCUCUCUCCUUAUCUUUAUUCUCUCUCUUCAUUUCUCUUCUUUUUAUUUCUAUACAUAGCCUACAUUUUUCCUUUUCAAUUUUCCUUUAUCCAUUUCUAUUACUUUUUCAAGAUUUUCUUUCUUCUACGUCGCUUUCGUUUUAUUUUUCUCUUUCUUUUGUUAAACAUUUUUCUCCUUUCUUUUCAGUUCUCUCUCUCUUUACUUUUUUCUUGA